UAUCGUGUGGCAAGGCCUUAUUUCUACCCGGCCAAAGAAAAUAAACUUACACAUAAAUUUAUACAGCUGAUACUAACAAAGAUAAGAAAAAUUAGUAGACGAGUAAGAGAACAAAGUUUCCUUCAGUUUGUGAAACACAAUCAUUCUGGAGACGGUUUUCACUAUAUUCGGUCUUCUGGUGUCGACGAGCGUCAUAGCGUGAAGAAUACUUAUUUUUAUCGCGAUUCCGUCUGUAACGAAAAUAUGGGUGACAAUGUGGAUUCGAAAACUCGCCUCGAAGAGGGCCGAAAUAUUCCCCCUGCGUUGAAGAAGCUGCUCGAGUGGGAUGUGGUGCUAACGAAGCAAUUCGUCAGCUUUACGCUUAAUUUCGUACCCUUCCGGUCGCUCCGGGCACACUGCAAAGUGCUUGAAUACUCGUGCCAUGGAAUCGCCUGGCUGGCUGGAUGGCUGGCGUUCUGCUGGAUGAUAAAUAGGCCGGAGUGGUAUCAGAUGCAGGUGAAUCUGUUCAUCGGUCUACUCACGGACAUCGUGAUGGUGGCCGUUAUCAAAGCAGCAACCCGCCGACGACGUCCAGCAAUCAACGAUGAUCCACUUUGCUUUGGCCCGGACAAAUUUAGCUUCCCCUCGGGGCACGUUUCUCGUGGAGUGUUCAUUACGACGUUUCUGAUCUUCCUCGAUCCGGUGAUGAUUGUGUUUUGGCCACCACUGCUUGCCUGGACUGUGGCGCUCUGCAUUUCUCGCCUGAUUCUGUAUCGCCAUCAUAUACUUGAUGUUAUUGGAGGUAUCAUACUUGGACUCUUUAAUGCACUUCUCAUUUCUAUUCUGUGGUUCGAUCAGGAGGGCAGCGUUUGGCUGAUAAACUGGAUCACCGACGAGCGAGUAGCUGGUGCGGAAUAUCAUGUGUAAAAUGUGUGAUUAUAUCUACCAUAUUUAUGACGAAAUAAAUGUAAAUUUUUAACUUUCGGGCUGGA